AUGGCGGCAGAACCAAUGCGGCCUUGGUGGCUGGAAAAAACAUACAUAUUGAACCCAAAGUAUAGCAAUAAUUCCCCAGAAGAAACCGCUGGAUUGAUUAGCUCCCUGCUUUUCUGGUGGAUGAAUGGACUGUUGAGUCGGGGCAACAGGAGCAUCUUGCGCGGUAGUCAGCUGCCGCCUCUGGGCAGUAGACUGGAAGCUGAGCGCCUGCGCCGGGAUAUCUUGCCGUCAUGGGACAGCAGAUCAAAACCUGAAACGAUCUUGACGUUACUGAAAGUCUUGUUGCGGUGUCUUUCAAGACCCUUUCUUGCCGCCACUUUCCCGCGCUUAGGCCUUGUCGCUUUUAGAUGCUGCCAGCCUAUACUCAUUGAAAAGGCCGUUCGGUUUGUCCAGGGAUAUACAAAAGAAGAUGAUAUUAAUGAGGGAUAUUGGUUAAUAGUGGUGGCUGUAGUCGUCUACUUGGGCCAGACAUUUUCAUCAUCGAUAUACUUCCAUCGUCUCAACAAGCUCGAACUCAUGAUUCGCGGGUGUCUCACGACGCUAAUCUACAACAAAACAUUGGCCAUCGGCUCUCACGUUUCCGAUACGGGGAAAGUGUUGACCAUCAUGAGCACAGACGUCAAUGGCGCAGCUGAAGCAGGAAAGAUGUUUCAUGAAGCCUGGGCUAAGCUCUUUGAGCUUGUUCUUGGCAUAAUCCUUCUGGUCCGAGAAGUCAAAUGGCUUGCUCCACUCCCUUUUAUCAUCAUCAUUUUUUGCUCUCAGAUCAGCCGUUAUGUGGCAAAAAACAUUCGUUCCAGGCAAAAAGGCUGGAAUAUGGCCACUCAACGGCGGAUAUCGGCCCUGAGCUCGAUCCUUGGGUCGAUGAAAAGUGUCAAGGCUCUGGGAGUAUCGGGAGCGAUGAUGGACUAUGUUGAAAAGCUGCGACAAGAUGAGAUCGACAGCUCAAAGAGAGUUCGCUGGAUGAAUGCCAUUUAUAACGCGAGUGCAAAUGCUCUUGGAAUUUUUGCGCCGGCAGCCACCGUCGUGGUAUAUGCCAUCGUGGCUCGCCUUCAGGGCUCACAACUGAGUGUCAGCACUGCGUUCACGACUGUUGCCAUCUUGGCCCUCGUGACUGAACCUGCAAACAUGAUCAUGACGAUCGUGCCCAACGCUGUCGCAACCUCGGCCAACUUUGAGAGGAUCCAAGCGUACCUACUUGAAUCACCUCGUACAGAUAAGCGCCGUGUUAUGCCUCAAGCUGCGGACGCAUUGAGAGCAGAUACCGCAGAAGCUGCUGUAGCUCUUAAUGGAGUAACGGUGGAAUCCGCAUCGACAAAAGAGACCCUCUUGGACGAUAUCAAUUUGGUACUUCGCCGAGGAUCUAUAACCACCUGCUCUGGACCUGUUGGAAGUGGUAAAUCAAUACUUGCUAGAGUGAUCUUAGGUGAACUUGCACCGUCUGAAGGCUCCAUUACAGUUUCCUCAGCAUCGAUAGGAUUCUGUGAUCAACAGGCUUGGCUGCCAACUGGCAGAGUCAAGCAGAUUGUAUGCGGAUUUUCUACAACCAUUGAUACAGAGAGAUAUAAUGCUGCUAUUCGUGCUUGUUGCCUCGAUCAUGAUUUAGGCAGUUUUCCUGAGGGCGAUGAGACCAUUGUUGGCAGCCGGGGGAUCAAUCUUUCAGGCGGACAAAGACAGAGACUGGCCCUUGCGCGUUUAGUAUACUCUCUUCACGACAUUGUGGUAUUAGACGAUCCGUUUAGCGCCUUAGAUGGCAACACAGAGAAUAUGGUUGUGGAUAAUUUGCUUGGACCGAAUGGAUGGUUCAAGAAGAAUAACACGGCGGUGUUUUUGGUCACAAACUCCGCCCAGCAUUUCCACGUCGCAGACGAGAUAUUGGUUCUCGAAAAAGGUCGUAUAGCAUCGCGAGGAUCAUGGGAUGCGUUAAAGUCGUCUUUGUCCGAAUUAUCCAAGUUUACAUUUACAGAAACAGCGAAGAAACCCGAGGCUGUUCUCAAGUCCACUAGAAGGACGUCGCAGUCUAACGCGGACGCCGAAGAAGAUCUGUAUCGGAAAACGGGUGAUUUCUCGCUUUAUUCAUACUAUUUCAAAGCUGCUGGCGUAAUGAAUGUGGUUAUGCUGCUUGGAUGUUCGGCAGGGUAUUCCUUUGGAAUGUUCUUUCCGCAGUAUCUGCUGAAGUGGUGGACAGAAGGUUCCCCAGACAAGUCGACUUAUUACAUGAUUGGCUAUCUCUCGCUAGCCCUUCUUGCUUGGCUCGCAACAAAUGGCAGCACAUGGAGUACAAAUAUCAUGUUAGCCCCGAGGUCUGGUGCGGUGCUGCACCAAUCACUCCUUCGGACGAUAUUUGGUGCACCACUUUUGUUCUUUUCUACUACAGACAUUGGUGUUAUUCUUAACAGGUUCAGUCAAGACAUAUCAUAUGUGGAUAGACAACUGCCAUUUGCGUUGAUAACUAUUUGUGCUCAAAUCUUCAAGAUACUAAGCCAGCUUGUGCUAAUCAUCAACAUUCAGAGAUGGCUCGCUCUCAGCCUUCCUAUUUGCGUCGUUGCCAUCUACCUCAUACAGAGACUCUAUCUCAGGACCUCUCGCCAACUGCGAGUCCUCGAGCUUGAGUAUCAGUCAUCCCUCUAUCAGUGGUUCUUAGAAACAGCGGAGGGUGUCGUCACGAUACGGUCUUUUGGCUGGUCUUUUGCAGCUGAACAGAAGAGUCUUGAUGCGCUAAAUCGGUCCCUUCGACCGCGUUAUGCUCUCAUGUGCGUUCAGCGAUGGCUGAGUCUCGUUCUUAACUUGAUGGUGAACGGGAUUGCGAUUGCGUUGAUUGCUCUUGCUGUGAAAUGGAGGGGGACUACGACUGGGGGAGAUAUCGGCGCAGCGCUCAACCUAAUACUGGUUGCUAGCACAACCUUGGUGCGACUGGUAGAGUCUUGGACAUCUCUUGAGGUGGCCCUUGGUGCAAUUGCACGACUUAGAAACGUGGAGUUAUUUACUCCUCGGGAGGAUCUACCUGGAGAAGAUCUCGUGACAUAUGCUGGGUGGCCAACUAAGGGAGAAGCCCACAUUGCAGAUCUUGAUGCAGCAUAUAGCUCUGAUCAUCAAAUCUUGCACAACGUCAAUAUUGAUAUUCAGGCUGGUCAAAAGCUCGUCAUUUGCGGCCGAACUGGCAGUGGAAAGAGUACCAUCCUCGCUGUUCUGCUGCGCUUGAUCGAUGGUACCGGAGUGGUCAAUGUGGAUGGACAAGAUCUGCUUCGCACCCCUAGGUCAAUUGUGCGACAGAAAUGCUUCAUAACCAUCACUCAAGAGCCAUUCUUGAUACCCCAAGCCACCUUGCGAUUCAAUUUGGACCCCCAUUCCAUCGUUUCCGAUGAAAUACUUCAGAUGGCCCUGCAAAAGGUCGGCAUCUGGUCGGCGCUGUCGAGCAGGAGUGACACAUCGGCAGAAGUACUGAACAGCGAAUUCUCCACACUGCCCGUGCUAUCCGUGGGACAGCAACAGCUGCUUGCUAUGGCUCGUGCCAUAGUCCGUAAGCAUGCUUUAGCUAAGUCGGAUUAUCCUGGUGCUGAUACGCCCAAGCCGAUUCUCCUCUUGGACGAGGCCACUUCGUCGCUCGACUCGGCUACAGAGGCAGCUAUUUACGAUGUUUUGGAAAGCGAAUUCAUCCAGGCAGGGUAUACGGCAGUCAUUGUAGCUCAUCGGCUCAGCGGGCUCGUAGGAAGAAUGAGGCCAGAGAAGGAUAUGGUUGCUUGGGUCGCGAAUGGGAGAGUCGUAAAGGUUGGUCGGUAUGAGGACGCCAUCACAUUUGCGGACUCAGAGUAG